CAUCGAUUUAUAUUCCUGCGAUCGCAUUCCUCCAGACACCAUGAAUUUGAUCGCCUACUCCGAUUCCGAAGACUCGGACAAUGAUGCGCACCAGGCCGCAAAGCCUGCACCAAAACAGGCACCAAAAGCAUUCCAGAAAGUCGUGGAUCGAUCCAACCCAGGAAAGAUCAAGCUGAACCUGCCCUCCGUAUCGCAUUCGAAGUCAGAGAAGGAUGACAUAGAGGCGGACGCUCCUCCGGCCAAGAAGGCGCGUACUGGAGGAGGGGUAUUCGGCGGCUUUAAUUCUAUGCUUCCUGCGCCAAAGAAACCAAAGAUCGAUCCGGCAACGGCCGCAGCACCUGGCAGUCGUGGUUUAGGAAAAAGAUUGGGAGUUGGCAUAAAUCUGAAGACUGGGGCAGAGCCUGCGUUUCAGCGUCGGUCUGCCAUCGAAGAAGACUACGACGAGGAUGGGAAUCCAAUACAAAAGGAGGCAUCUCCAGAGAAGGACGAUACACCCAAACAGAAGGAAGACUUCCGCGCGUUACUCAAUCUACCGCCUCCCAAGAAAGAGACUAAAGCGGCACCACCACCCGUAGCUAAAGUCACAAAUCCCGAGAAGACACAAGAACCCAAAGCAAAGCCGGUGCUUAGACCCAAACUCAUGCCCAUGUCAGUUGCACGGGGGAAGAAGAAAAAGCCGAUUGUCCACAAGCCUAUCGCUCCAGACUCAGGCUCCGCAAGUUCUACAACUCCAAGCAAAGCUCCUGCGGCAUCUCAAACUGCCGUCUCUGCACCGAAAGCCAAGCCAAAGGUGUCACUUUUCGGCGAACCAGAGGAAGAUCAAGUUGCUCCUAGAAAUGAGGAGCAGUAUCAGCCAAUGCUUUAUGGUUUUGAUGACCAGGAAGAGGAUGAAGAAGCGCAUAUUCCUGACAAUGCCUUCACGGACAGCAACACUUUCCAAUCAAAUACGGCGUCGUCCUCGAUGCCCACUGGAGCAGCAUCCGGCUCACAAGGCCUUACAAGUAUUGCCUCCGAACUUAAUCUCUCGGAAGCGGAACGCCGACAGCUCUUUGGCCGAAAGGGGCGAGGAGCUGAUAUGUCAGCAGCCAACAUAAUCGAUUUCAACACAGAUAAAGAGUAUGCACACAAUGAAAAACUACGGCAGGCAGGAGAGACCGUUGAACAUAGGGCACUCAAAUCCAUCUCUGGCACUGGGAAGACUAGCUUGAGAAGCUUGAUCAAUGUUGCCGCAACGCAGAAAGAGGCAUUGGAGGAACAUUUCGCUGCUGGUAGGAGGAACAAGAAGGAAGCCGGCAAUAAGUACGGAUGGUGAAGUAAUAGUGGCGAAGUUAUAUCGAGUCUGUAUAGAUGAUGCAUAUCGAUUUCAGUAUGCGCCUUUCAAAGAUCUAGGACCAAUGGAAACAUCAGUGCAGAAUUCAAAUCUGUGCCCAUACCAACAGUUUGUCGUUUUAGCGU